AUGGCAGGAGUCACAGAUAUUGGUGCGGGUCAUACAUAUUCUACUCCAAUUGGAUUAUUGUAUGUUUUUAAUUUAAUUGUUGGUACUGGAGCAUUAGCUUUACCAAAGGCGUUUCAAACAGCUGGAUAUGCAUUAUCAAUAACGUUACUUGGAAUAUCUGCAUUUAUAUCAUAUAUAUGUGCAACAUUUAUUAUUGAAGCAAUGAGUGUAUCUAAUGCUUUAAUUUGUAAGAAUGGAAAAUCAAAAAAAUUUCAAGUUCAAAAUAUUGAUAAUACAAAUGAGAAUAAUGAAAAUACAACAUUACAAAAUGAUAUGUAUUCAUAUAAUAUUGUAGAGAAAGUUGAAGUUAGUGAAAUGUCAAAUUUAAUACAAAAUCGUUUUGGUGUUUUUUUGUGCUAUUUAUCUUUAACUAUUUAUUUAUUUGGAGACUUAGCUAUUUAUUCAACAACUGUUCCAAAAUCAUUGAUGAAUGUUAUAUGUGGUUCUGUUAAUGCUACAGUAACAGCAUCGGUUGAUUCACCAUGUUAUGAUCAUUGGCCAAUAUUUUUUUCAAGAUUUGUUAUUUAUCGUAUAUGUGUUAUAUUAUUUAUAGCUUUUUGUGUUCCAAUGGUUAUAAUUGGUAUUACAAAAACUAAAUAUAUUCAAUUAUCAACAUCUAUUUCAAGGUGGACGGCAUUUUCAUUAAUGAUUGUUUUAGCAUCAAUUCAAUUAAUGAAAGAAGGUUCUCAAGGAAAACCACCUGCAUUUGAUUGGAAUAAUUUUGGAAAUCUUUUUGGUGUUUCUGUGUACUCAUUUAUGUGCCAUCAUUCAAUUCCAUCACUUAUCACUCCAAUGAGAAAUAAAUCAAAUCUUUAUCGAAAUUUAUUUAUUAUUUAUCUCGUUGUUCUUGGAUUCUAUGUUACUUUAUCAACAACAGGUGCUUUUGCAUUCAAACAUGCUCAAGAUAUAUAUACAUUAAAUUUUCUUCAUGAUCAAAAUACUUCUCCUAUUUAUACAGUAAUUGACUACUUUUUAGCAUUAUUCCCAGUAUUUACUUUAACAACAAAUUAUCCAAUUGUUGCCAUUACUCUUAUCAAUAAUUUAAGAGUACUAUUAGAAAUGAUUGCUGUUCAGGGACAAUCGUUAUCUUCAAAUAAUGAUACUGAAACUGAGCAUCUUUUAAGUGAUUCUGAGAAUGAGGAGACAGAAAGAGAGAGAAGAAAUGGUGAUAGUGGGUUGACAUCAACAACAACUAGAAAUAAUAGGAGUAAUAAAUUAUUUUCAAAUGUAUUUAUACCAUUAAUUGCUAUUGCAUUACCAACAAUGUUAUCAUUAUCAACAGAAAAUGUCUUAUUAUUAGCAUGUAUUACAGGAUCCUAUCCAGGUGUUGGAGUUCAAUUUAUUAUUCCAUGUUUGGUAGUUAUUGGAGCUAGAACCGUAGCAAAAAAACAAUUAAAUCAAGAUAUCAAAAAUAGUCUUGCUAGUCCAUUUCAACAUGCAAUUUGGCCUUAUAUUGUUUUAUUAUGGUCAGGAUUCGCAUUGAUAAAUGUAACUAUCAAUUUAACAAACAAAAUAGUAUAA